CUUGUUGAUUGGUUCGUUCAAAAAAAGCUAGCGCUGUACUUCGCCAUUUAAAUCUACAAGAAGGCAUCACGGAGGUCUGGUGUUGUUUUACUUACAACUACUGGCACGCGGGUCCUAAGAAGUCAGCUCGUCUCUUUGACUCAGUCGACAUUUAUAGGUUUCACAUUUGAGCUGGUUUAUAAACAGAAAAAUCUUAAGGAUGGGAGCCAGCGAGAGUAAGAUUUCUGACCGGGCUGCCACUAAACCAGAAGCAGCCGUCCCAAAGUGUAGGGUCGCCCAGCUCAGUGAUCCACGCUCUCCAUCGGUGACCAUUGAUCGCACACCCAUUCAGGUUGGCCCAAGUGAAGCGAGGAGCGAGUGUCUUUUGGUGGGAAGUGAUCCCCGCUCGCCCACUGUGGGCAUUGUCCGCACGCCUGUCCGAGAAGUCAUGAGAGCCAAAGUGGACAACCUCGCUCGUCGUCUGGGCAUGUUGUUCCAUAUUGAGGCCGAGGGAAAAGUCCCCCCGACUAGGGUCUCUGCACAAGAGGAUCAGGAUUUCCUUAAGAGUGAGGAACUGGAUUCCACGGAGCCUCUCCUGACUCCUCAGAGGCCACGUGUCUUCGGCUCUGUGGCUGAGCAUGCCAACCUCGUGGCCACGCCCAUCCAGAGUGGGGGCAGCUCUUGCAGCCCCUUUGUACUGCUGGAGGAGCCCCACGUCGAGGUGGAGAUCGAAACGGACGGCGUGAGCCUGGAGGAGGCUGAAGAAGCCAGGGAAUCUCCGAUCCAUAAGAGGUUGAGCAUGAGCCUCAUCACUCGCCACGAGGGAGCGUCACCCUCUCAAAUUCUAGCGGAGGUUCACCGAGAUGGUAAAGACGCCGCAGUAGUGGAGGUGCUCACCCAUGGCUUGGACCACCUCUACGCCAUGCCCAGAAUCGCACUCGAGCCCAAUCGGGAUUCCUUUGGCUCUCCCGCGCAACCGCAGAAGGAAGCGGGAGAAGUCUCCUCCGUGGUGGCUCCCGAGGCACCCGGCUCGCAGCUUCCCGCCGCCCCCCGCCGGCUCACCCUGGAUGUCAAGAGUCCGAGUCAGGUGGUUUUCAAGCCGCAGUGGCUGGGAAAAGGCUUCGGGGCCACUGGGCUCAGAGCCAGAACGGGGCAAGGCGCUAAAGGGGGUUCCUCCCCUCUUGCCGUGUCUGUGGCGUUGAAGGGCGUCAACGAUGAAAACAAGGGGACCUGUGGAAAACAAAAGCAGAAAGAAGGCCGCUCCCCAUUGCAGAUCCUCAAGGAGAGCAACUCGGCCAGGGGACAGCCUCAGAUGAAAUUGAAGGGUUCCACCCCAGAGAAGCCUCGGCUCGGCCAGAUGGACCGAAGACUUUUGGCCGUGUCUCUGAACAAGGAGAAUUGAUAAUGUUGUGCAAAAAAAAAAAAGUUUGUACAUAUUUUCAUACCUCUUUUUAAAAUUUUUAUGUGUACAGUUUUUCAAAAUGGACUUUGUGUUGUUUGCUUUUCUGCCUUUUACUACUACACUCUGUUUUUCUUACCCUGAAAUGGCCUUUCUGUAAUUUAGGAAUAAAGGUAUUAAACAUUUA